GUGCGAACUUGGACCAACUCCAUCACCGUCACCGUCACCGCACCACACGACCACGCGGCCCUUCGCAGCCACGCAUCCUCGCGCGUCCCAUCCCCGGGCAGUCUCGACUGCGCUCAUGUCGUGCUGAUACAAUGACAGCGAGUCUGGCCCGCCACCCCGCUGCCCGUGUCCCCCCGCCGCCCGUCGCGCAGCGACUCUUGUCCGCGACCCAGCAGUAAUUCUCGCUGCACCGCCGCCGCCGCCGCCCGCGCGCCCUGUCCGCGCCGUCGCGUCGCCCAUAGCUAGGCGCUCCCCCCUUCCCCGGCCCACGACUCGGCGCCCACUCGCAUUCCCGUUGCCUCGCCGGUUGGACGCUCGGUCUCGCUGACCGGCGCCCGACAUCGAGGCCACCCUGCCGCCUGUCGGCGAUGAUGCCAGGCCACAUUCCGCCCGGUGGACCGUUCCACCAGGGCCGGAAGCCGAUGGAGCAUCCGUACCAGCAGCACCACUACGCUCCGCCGCCGCCGCAGACGCACUCGCCCGUCUACCACCACCCCUACGCGCCCUACCACCACCCGCAGCACUAUGGCCCGCCGCACGCCUACCCCCACCAGAUGCCGCACAUGCAGCAGUGGAAUCCGUAUCUCCCGCAGCAGCCCCAGCUGCCGCCGCCCCAGCUGCAGUACAAUAUGCCGCCGCGCCAGUUCCAGCCCCAGGCCUCGCCCGUCGUCGUCUCCUCGCACCCGCACGCGGCAGCCAUGCCCCCGGCGAGCCGUCCGCUCCGUCAGACGCCGCCCAUUGUCCACUCGCACUCGCACUCGCACUCGCACACACCGCCGCCGCAGCGCACACACACUGCCCCGCGCGCUCCGUCGUCGCCGUCGGUCCACUCCCAGGUGCAGAUGCACUCGCCCACUCCGCCCGCCCACACGGCCGUCGCCAGUCCCCCGCCAGUCGCAGAGACAAAGCCUGCGCAGCCCGCCUCGCCGACAUCGCCGCAGCCCACGACCUCCAAGCCCUUCUUCCCGCCACUGCCGUGGCUGUCCGUCCCUGACGCACAUUUCCCGCCGCGUGCGGCUGGGCGAAGGAGGAGAAAGCGGGGCACCGUGUCAGCUCAAGAGCAGGGCCUUGCCUUGCCUUUGCGCGGGCAGGACGUGCAGGCGGACACAAAGACUGCAGAGGAGACAGCUGCUGGUGAGCCCGAGUCUGCAGGAGAGCCCGAGUUUGCAGGAGAGCCCGAGUCUGCAGGAGAGCCCGAGUCCGCAGGAGAGCCCGAGUCUGCAGGAGAGCCCGAGUCCGCAGGAGAGCCCGAGUCCGCAGGAGAGCCCGAGGAGUCGCAGGCCUCCACCAUUGCCGUGCCCUCGGACGCUGAGGUCGACACUCCGUCGACCUCGCACCCACCUUCCGAGAUCGACGUCCCCGCGGUGCAGCAGCGUGCUGCCCAGACAGCUGCGCCUGCUCAGAAGCACAGUCGCAACACCACCAAGCCAGCUGUGCCGCUGAUCCCGGUCAAGCCGGCCAGGCCUGCAAGCGCAGCUUCAACCACCCAGAAGUCGGUCAAGUCGCCUCCUGCCUCGAAGCCACAGCCCAAGUCUGUCGAUGAGCUCGCCGCGCCUGCUACCGAGGCAGUCAGCGCUGAAGAGGCCCCGAAGCCUGCAGCGCCCGCAGCGCCCAAGUCCUGGGCAGAGCUGCUUCGAGCGAAGAACGCCGCAGCCGCACCCCAAGCCCAGGCGCAGCCCCAGCCACCUGUCGUCACAAACGGCGCUACAGGCACGAGCGGCGCUGCUGCGCCGAAGAGCAACUCGCUCGCCGACGUCCUGGCGUCAUACUCUGUCGAUGCCGAGAAGAAGGUGUCUUUCAUCGAACCCCGCGGCCUUGUCAACACUGGCAACCUUUGUUACAUGAAUUCUGUCCUUCAAGUACUGUUGUUUUGCGCACCUUUCUACGACUUCCUGGACCAGACGGCAAAACGCGCCGUGCACAGCUUCAAGUCUGAAACACCUCUUGUUGACGCCAUGAUUAUGUUUCUGCGCGACUUCAAGGUCAUUGACUCGGCCAGCUCGGUUGAGCAGCUCCGCCUGCGCCUCAAGACUGACGAGCUCGAGCAGUACGGUGAUCCUCUCACACCAGAGUAUGUCUACGACACCAUCAGGCGUCUGCCUCGCUUCGAUAACAUGAAGCGCGGCUCUCAGGAAGAUGCUGAAGAGUUUCUGGGCUUCCUUCUGGCUGGCUUGCACGACGACUGUGCUCUUGUCAUCAAGAAGGGCGAGGCACGAGCUGCCCAGAAUGGCACAGCACCCAAGACGGAGCGAUCCAACUCGGCAGACGGCGGAUGGCUUGAAGUCACGGCGAAGCAGAAGACGUCGCUCACCCAGUCAUCUGGCGCUGUCGAAGUCGAGACACCCAUCACCAAGAUCUUUGGUGGCAAGCUUCGCUCGGAAUACAAGAAACCCAACGAGAAGCCGUCGGUGACCUUUGAGCCGUACCAGCCCCUACAGCUGGACAUUGGCGAGCCACACAUCAACAACAUUUCGGAUGCGCUGAAAAACCUCACUCGUCUGGAAACACUGGACAGCGCUGUCCGUGGCGCCAAGGCUUCCACCAAGCAAGUGCACAUUGAAACACUGCCUCCAGUUCUGAUUCUUCAUUUGAAGCGAUUCCACUACGACGAGAAGGGCCCACAAAAGAUUUGGAAGAAGAUCGGUUACCCUCUCGAACUGGAGAUUCCGAAGGAGGUCUUCCCUCAACACAAGCGCGGAGGCUUCCAGGCAAAGGGCGGCUUUCCCAAGUACAGACUCACAGGAGUCGUCUACCAUCACGGCAAGAACGCCAGCGGCGGCCACUACACUGUCGACCUUCGCCGGCAAGAAGGCAAGGAAUGGAUCCGCAUGGACGAUACCGUCAUUCGUCGCAUUCGCGCUGAAGAUGUUGCCGAGGGCGGUGCCGAAGAGGAUCCCAAGCUGCUGGCUGCUGCUCUUGAGCAGCACAAGAGCGAUGCAGGCAAGAGCAAGAACUUUUUCGCUCAAAUUGAUAUUGACGAGGAGGCCGCCGACAAGGGUGGCUGGAACCAGGUCAAUGGCGUGGACAAGAAGGAUACAAAGAAGUGGGCGGGUGUUGUCAACGGCACAGCAACGCCCAACUCGGCUGGAAAGAGGACGCCACUUCCAAAGGAGAACGUCAGGGACAACAAGGUGGCAUAUAUUUUGUUCUACCAGCGCAUAGAGUCAUGAGAGGGCGGACUUGAGCACGGAUAGGCAGGGCGUAUGCUCCCACGAUUACCACGACCAAAAGUCAUUCCGGCGCAGCAAUUGCAUGCAAAAGCAUCCACAAGCGCAGAGCUGUGGAUGAGCAUUCAUCAGCACCGCUUGGCGGUGCACAAAAGAAGAGGAGCAUGUGGAGAGCAAGAUACCCUUCCGGGCGUCACUUAGGAAGAAAGACGAUGUAUAUUUCAAACACGACCCGUGACAUCGUGAUGCGUGAACUCGAGUCGGCUUGGCGCUGCCCCUCCACCCCACCUUUGAACAUCGAGCUCUGGAAGCUUUGACGUAUACGUCAACAAACGACCAACAGAGCCAUUGACAGACAUAAUGCUCAUCACAGAGACG